GACUACGCUACAGUAUACUUUAACUCGGAGAACAUGCGAUUUUACAUAGGUUUAUAUAAUGAAGGGAUUAGUCCGAUGUGGUUGUCUGGUGGGUAUGUGUCGUUCACACAAUGGAGCAAUGUUUCAGCACCUCAAGGAGAUACAUGUGAAGGAACCGUUUUGGAUAUUGAGAACAAUAAUUGGCUUCGAGUACUUUGCUCAAUUCGAUACCAUCAUAUUGGAUAUAUAUGCGAGUAUCCUUAUGAGGUAUCGACGACGGUGCCGAAAACACUGAAAACGAGCGAUUUAGUAGAAUUAUGUCCACCCGAACAAUUCGUCUAUAAUAACUCUUGCUACGAAUUCGUCGAAGAUCCCACGACAUAUAACUGGACGUAUGCUGUCGACCACUGCACAGCAAAAGGCGGCCAGCUUGUUAGCCUGGAAACAGAGGAUGAACACACUGCCAUUGUUGACGGUCUUACGAAGAAAAACUUAAUGUACAAGCGACUCCUAAUAGGCCUCAGGUAUCCGUCUGAUGGUGGGAGCGCAAAGUGGCUCUCUGGGGCACCUUUGACGUAUGAUCGCCAAGGAGAGAAUACUUCGAAUUUCAAAUGCACAACUAUAUUUGCCUUCCAAUCAAUUUGGUUUGGUUCACCCUGUGAUCCUGGCACAGUAUCGCUCUUUGAUGGGUAUAUUUGCGAAUAUGCACGAGAAAUCACUCUGCCUUCAGAUGCUUCUGUUGUCACACGUUCAACCAACUCGGCAUUGGUGACGACAGAAAGAGCUAAGCCUACUGAUUCGAGUGUGAUUCGAGAAACGAAUGAAGAUAUUAACUGGAAUGGUAUUUUUAUAUCUGUAGUAAUCGUGUUCCUUAUGUUUGCAAUAGCGGCCAUUAUUGUGGUUUGCAGAAGGAGAAAUGCCGGCAAGAAUAAUAAUAAUAGCCCGUCAGUAGAAAUAACAAAUGCAAACGAAGCAUUUCCUGACAAUGUUAGUAAAAGAGUGACCCAAAAAGACGUCGUACCACCAGUUUAUAUGCAGUUAGAAACACCAGACAUUAUCCGGGCAACUCCAACAACGGUUGCAUCCACCAGUUUAGAAAUGAACACUCAACCAAACUAUGACACUGUGGACGAAGGUGGUAAUUAUUACGAAAUACGCCAAUCAGACCCGGAAGAAGACGACACAGCUGUAAAAGACAAAUUUAUUAGUAGGAAUAUUUCUAGAGCAAAGACAGUUUUCAGAAUCAUUGGAAGAAAGGACUUAGCGGAUCGACAUCAAGGUAAAAAGGAUAUUAAGACUAAUCGCCCGCAAAGUUGUAAACCACAUUAUCUUACUGAACACGAGGGGGCGCUUUACGCGCAGGCCAACUUGGGAUUUUCUGAAAACAAGACUUUUUCUUUACCAUAUCAUGGUUCUUCGUCAGUAACAGAUGACAAUUUCUACCACAAACCAAUUUAUGACACAUGUGAACUUUCGUCGAAAGAUGAGGAAAUAUAUUCCCUUCCGUGCACGGAUACACUUGCAAGUAAAUCUAAAAUUGGGUCACAAAAGCAAGCUGGUCCAAGUAAAGCAGACAAUUUUGAAACAGAUCAUUAUUAUUCCUCACUCACCGAUCCAGUUAAUGAUCAAUCAGACGAAUCGACUACAGUUGGUGGUGUUUAUUUUGUUUUGGAAAACCCAGAAAAUGCUGUUGAAUUGGACAAUGAUAACAAAUUGAGCAGAGAGGUUGAGAAUGAAAUAUACGACUCGGCUGGCUCUGAUAACCUGCCACAAUAGAUACAAUUUACAUCGUUUUUAGGCCUUUAAUACAUUUUUCUGAAUAGUAUUUUAAAUAAUAGGCCUAUCGUUUAAGAACGUAUAGAUAUUGUACACAAUAAUGUCAUUGUAUACUUAUCAUAAUCAUAUUUAAAAAGGGGCUCGACGUGUUACCGUACUCCAGAAUACAUGAUAAAAAGAGAAAAGAGAUACCGUACUACAGUACAAGCAAAAUAAGUAUAAGUUAAAAAGUACAAAACAAGAUGCUAUCCAACAGAAAAACUCACUACAUCUCAACUACAUAUAGGCUUGUUGUAAAGUUAUAUGCGAUUGAAGUAAAAGUUAAAGUAGGUUGUUUUAUGUAUUAUUAUUUAUUCAAUGCCCGAGCAACAUUUUUUUGGUAUAAUAUAAUUAAUUUAUAUAUAGCCCAUUUGGCAAGGAAAUGAUCGAUAUUCAUUUCCAAAAUGUUGACAUUAUUUAUUAUGUAUAGAAUUAGAAAGAAGAAUAAAAUGAAUUAUAAUUUUUUUUUGUCCAAGCUUAUAAAUGAGGAUAUUAUAAGCAUAUGGUUAAUAAUAAUUGAGGUCUUGUGUGUGUGUAUGUGUGUGUGUGUGUGUGUUCCUGUCUCAUUUGUCUCUUCUUCACUUAUUCAACUUCUAUUGGACAUUUGUUUAACGCGCAUGAAGACCUAGUAUCAUGCGCUAUACAAGUCUACAGCCAUUACCAUUACCAUUAUCACAUAUAAAACUAAUUUAUACUCACUGUAACGUGUGCCAAUGUCAGAUGACCCUCACAAAUUGAGACCUUCUGUGAUUGCGUGUAAAAGUACUUUCUGUCCACUUACCUUAUCCUCGCAGUUAAGUUUGACAUUUACUGUAAAAAGAAUGAACUGAAGGAAUCAGAGUAAAAACACGGAAAUUAUUUUUAAGACUGUAUAAUUAUUUAAGAUAGUAUAAUACAUACUUCAAAUAUCGAAAUGCACGCCAUCGUGUCGGAAUUCAAUAUUUCGACAUUAUGUCAUCAUCAUUAUGUAUUAUACUAUCUUAUCGGUAAAUUUCGGUAUAAUUAUUUCAUUAUCUGAUCAGUGUGUUUGUCAGGUUAACUCGAAACGCGGUAUUGUUGUUCGGUACCAUUCAAAAAAGAAUAGCUGAAAUAUGUUUAAAGUUUAGACAAUCAAGUUGACAAUCUUAUAAAUCUGAAGAUGUGGAAAUUUAGUAAAAAUAAGGAAAAUGUGUAACCUAGAAUCAUCACGCUAAAUACCUAAUAUUUUUAAUAAAAUUUAGCAUUUUGUACUAAAAAAUAA